CUAUUCGGAGCUCGCCGGCUGAUGUCAGGGCUGACUUCACUGGGCCACCGGGUAUAAAUAGAGCGCAGCGUGCAGCGGGCACGGCAGACAGCGCCGAGCCGGGCACCGUGAACGAUCGAGCGGAGGAGAGAGAGAUACAGAGCGCAGAGCCGACCCACGGGAAAGCAGACGGGCAGAGCGGACAUGACCCUGAACAAGCCAGAGCGGAGCCGGGCGGCGGAGCGGCGACGGUCCAGCGCCCCGCUUCAGGCGCAGCUGCACCGGCGGAGCAUGCCGGUGGACGAGCGGGAGCUGCGGGCGACGGGCGAGGGUCGCCCCGAGCCGGCCCUGCCACCGACCUGGACCCCCGGCUCCUCAGACUCGGUCAGGUCGAGCGGCAGCGAGUCGGGCUCCGGCCCCUACAAAGUCCUGGUGCUGGGCGGCCGCGGCGUCGGCAAGACAAGCCUGGCGAGGAUCUUCGGCGGCUUAGAGGAGGGUGAGAACCACGAGGGAGACGGCAGAGGGAAUGCAUUCGACAGGACAAUCAUGGUGGACGGGGAGGAAGCCAAUCUCAUGGUGUUUGACACGUGGGAACAGGACGAGAGCCAGUGUAUGGGUGAGCAGUGCAUGAAGCUGGGCGAUGCCUACAUCAUUGUGUACUCAGUGACGGACCGCGCCAGCUUUGAGAAGGCGUCGGAGCUGCGGAUCCAGCUGAGGAGGGUACGGCAGUCCGAGGACAUCCCCAUCAUCCUGGUCGGCAAUAAGACCGACCUGGUCCGCAGUCGUGAGGUGUCCGUGGACGAGGGCAGAUCGUGUGCCGUGGUGUUCAACUGCAAGUUUAUCGAGACGUCGGCGGCGCUGCAGCACCGGGUGCGGGAGCUGUUCGAGGGCAUCACGCGGCAGAUCCGCCUGCGCCGGGACAGCAAGGAGGACAAUGAGCGGCGCCAGGCCAGUGGCCAGCGGCGGCAGAGUGUGGGCCAGAGGGCACGCCGCUUCCUCGGCCGCCUGGUGGCCAGGAACAACAAGAAGAUGGCCUUCAGGCAGAAGUCCAAGUCCUGCCAUGACCUGUCGGUGCUCUGACCAGCGACUGGUGCCCGCGGCCCUGCCUCUGACCUCUGACCUAUUCACAGCCCUGCUCUGACCUCUGACCUGUCCACAGCCCUGCCUCUGACCUCUGACCCGUACACAGCCCUGGCUCUGACCUCUGACCCAUUCACAGCCCUGCUCUGACCUGUUCACAGCCCUGGCUCUGACCUGUCCACAGCCCUGCUCUAACCUCUGACCCCUGACACGUACACAGCCUGGGUCUUUUUUUUUGUAUAAACCAGUAU